AUGUACCACAACGAUGAUCCUACAUAUGACCCUGCCUAUGAACCAUCGUACGACAAGAGUUUUGAAAUCGAGGACGAGGAAACCGAUGAAGGCAACCCACAAGGGGAGAACAAGUACAUUGUGUAUGAAAGCUGCCUGCUUGAACGUUUCAAGGUAGUGGAAACUUUGCCAUCAGGAAGGGGGCAUCACGACUGCAAGCAUUUUGGUUGCGGUGCUUGUCUCUGUACAGGACUCAGGAAGAAGCUCACUGCUGCAAGCAAGACCGCAGGGUGCAAAGAUCUGACACAUUGGGUGAACCCUGUGUGCAAUCACUUGUGGUGGUGCACAAAUGCCAGUGGUGGCGACGGGGAGUUGCUCACCGCAGUGUGGCUGAGCGUCACCAACCAUGUCUGUGACGUCCACGUGGGCCACGGUCCAGUCUACCCGCGGUGCAUGCACAAGGACCUCGGUGAAAAACAGUGGAUUGCGCCUGGCUUGUGCUCAGCUGCCCACAAGAAGCUGAAGGCGAUUGCUACAGCACCCCUGUUUUUGAAGGACGUCAGGCAGCUGUCGCCUCACGCACAAACGUACGGCCUGGAGUCGUUUCACAGCGUUCUGAACAGAUUCGCACCGAAAUCAACAGCGUUUUCCUACGAAUGCAUGGCUGCAUGCACUACGAUUGCCAUAAUGCAUUUCAACGAAAACAGCGCUCGGCUGCAAGCUGAGACAAAAGAGGGGCACAAGCAGUGGCAUGUGAAAGCCCCAAAAGCACGAAAAGGUGCACUAACUUUGUGCUCCCAUAAGACGCCCGUGACUUUUGGAUAUGUGGAAAAACUGCAUCAACAAGUUCUGGAGCGCUGCAAGACACACCCGACUUUCAAAGUGGCACCUGCCGAGAGACCACCGAAGGUUCCCCCAUCCUUUGUCAGUCCUGGACCAAGGCCAUCCAAGGAGGAGCUUGUGGCUGCACACAAGAAACGUUUUGCAAGGCCAUAA